GUGGCAGAGGUUUGUUCACGAUCAGUUCCAUUUGGGACAGCAAGCAGAUACCUUGAAGCUCAGCAUUGUCGCCCUCCAAUUGGCCUCUGAAUCUGUUCCUUAAAUCAUUGUCAGAUGUCUUUCGCCACGGAGAGCGAUAUUUGCGACAGUUGCUCGAACUGCUGUGCCCUUGAGGAGAACGCUAUGGCUAAUACGAUCUCUUUACGAUGAUUACAGGCGGACUCGGAAGUGCCUCUCGUGGCCGUGGUGGACCUCGCGGUGGAGGCCGCGGUGGACGUGGCGGCCCUCCUGGACGUGGUGGUCGCGGUGGCCGUGGUGGCGCUCGCGGCGGUGCUCGCGGCGGUGCUAAGGGUGGUGCCAAGGUCAUCAUUGAACCCCACCGUCAUGCCGGUAUCUUCGUCGCCCGUGGCGGUAAGGAAGAUUUGCUCGUCACCAAGAACCUGACCCCCGGAGAGGCUGUCUACGGCGAGAAGCGCAUUGCUGUUGAAACCCCUACCGAGGACGGUACCGUCACCAAGACCGAGUACCGUGUCUGGAACCCUUUCCGUUCCAAGCUUGCUGCUGGUGUCCUGGGUGGUCUCGAUGAUAUCUACAUGAAGCCUGGCUCUAAGGUUCUGUACCUUGGUUCUGCCAGCGGUACCUCCGUCAGUCACGUUGCUGAUAUCGUUGGACCUACUGGUAACGUCUACGCCGUCGAGUUCUCUCACCGUUCCGGUCGUGAUCUGAUCGGCAUGGCCACCCACCGUACCAACGUCGUCCCCAUUGUCGACGACGCCCGUCACCCUCUUCGUUACCGUAUGCUGGUGCCUAUGGUUGACGUUAUCUUCGCCGAUGUUGCCCAGCCCGACCAGGCCCGUAUUGUUGGUCUGAACGCUCACAUGUUCCUCAAGGAGGGUGGCGGUGUCAUCGUCUCCGUCAAGGCCAACUGUAUCGACAGUACCGCCAAGCCGGAGGUUGUUUUCACUCGCGAAGUCCAGAAGAUGAGAGAGGAGAGGAUCAAGCCCAAGGAGCAGUUGACUCUGGAGCCUUUCGAACGUGAUCACUGUAUCGUUGCUGGUAUCUACAAGCGUUCUGCAUAAAAGAAAAUGGGGGUCUGGUCUCUUUUCAUGUCUUAAUCUAUUAUGCUUUUUUUUUUCUGGCGUCAAGUGUUCUGUGAUAUGCUGAAAUGUUUCUCUUUGUGCUAUCUCGAGGUUUCUUCUGAAUGUACUUUUUGAGUCAGAAAAUAUUCAUGUUUCCGAUUCCGAUUACUCUAUUGUGUUCAGUAUGGGAUCUAGCUGGCUGUCUGGAAAGGAAUAGAGAACUAUAUGUUUCUUAAUUACUUAGAUUUCUUGCCAUCAUUCUUAGACAGUAACUUGGGUUGAUCAUGCUCGGCCAUGGGAAGGUGUGAGAAUCUGCCGUCUUCUGUUCUGCCCACUUCUGCAGAAUGUCCAUUGCGUCUUGGCAAAACAGAAGAGAGAUAAUUUGUUUGAAGCUCACACUGUUACCCAGAGCACUCAAUGCCUAG